UUACACUGAAGAAUCAUUGAAUACCCACCACCAACAACCACUGAAAAUUUCACCAACCCAAUUUAUGAAUCCCAACGCCUCUCAACUCUCAAGCUUCAACCUUGCUUUCCCAUAAACCACUGUCUUGUGUUUUUUGCGUCUCUCUCUGUAACCCUCCUUGUGUUAUUCUUGAGAGAAGUUUUUCAUUUUAUUUUUAUGGUCUUUUAUAAAGAUACAUAGCAAAAAAGUCUUUUAGAUUUUCAUGUUCUACUUGGCGACAAAAGUUCUUCUUGACCUCUGUUACUUUCUUUUAUUUGUUUUUGUUGUCUUUCACUGACUUGCAAAGCCAGACAAGUUAUGUUCACAUUCCCUCUUCAAACUGCAAACCUUUGUUACUCCUCAAAUACCCAGUUCUUAUCUUUAACACUUGUUUUUACUUUCUGAGUUUUCAGAGUCUAGCUGUGGUCUUGCCUGAGCAAUACAGUAGCUCCACAAGUUUGCAUUUGUAGUGCUCUUACUUCUUUGGUGGAGCCCUUUGGCUCAAAAUCACUUUGCAUAUUAGCUUUAAUGGAGUUUCAGAUGUUGGAUCUUUUGUCUGAAAGGGACUCAGAAGCAUAGAGGUGGUUGGGUUUUGAUUUUUAAGGAACUAGGAUAGGGUUUUGCGGUGGUUUUGGUUUUCUAGUUCAGUUUUGCUGCUCUGUGUUUGUGAGUUCUUGGGUUGAUUCCAAAUGGGUUUUGGUUUCUUUGGUUCUAUCUUGGUUCUUUCAAUGUUCUUCAAGCCUUUGCCUUGUCAACAACCCAAUACAGAUGCUUUUUAUGUCUCUCAGUUUUUGAAGAAGAUGAACUUCACCUCUUCUCCACUUUACAAUUUCUCUGCUCCUGUUUGUUCGUGGCAAGGCUUGUUAUGUGAUGCCAAAGAAAAUGUUCUGGGUUUAGUGACUUCUGGUUAUGGCCUAUAUGGUCCUAUUCCUGAUAACACCAUUGGUAAGCUAAACAAGCUUCAAACUUUGGAUCUUAGCAACAACAAAAUCACUGCUCUGCCUUCAGAUUUCUGGAGUUUGGGCUCUCUUACGACCCUGAAUCUCUCUUCCAACCAGAUUUCCGGGUCCCUGACCAACAACAUUGGCAAUUUUGCUGUGCUUGAAUCAUUGGAUCUGUCAAGCAACAAUUUUAGUGGUGAAAUUCCUGCAGCAAUGAGCUCACUUUCAAGGUUGAGAGUUCUAAAGCUUGAUGGAAAUGGGUUUCAAGGAAGCAUUCCAUUGGAAAUUCUUAAUUGCCGUUCACUGACUCUCAUUGAUAUUUCCUUGAAUAAACUGGAAGGCUCCUUACCAGAUGGUUUUGCUGCUGCAUUUCCUAAGCUCAAAACACUAAACCUUGCAGGAAAUGAGAUCAAAGGGCAGGACUCGGAUUUCUCACAGAUGAAAUCCAUCACUAGUCUCAAUAUAUCUGGGAAUUUGUUUCAAGGUUCAGUUAUGGGUAUGUUCCUGGAAAUGUUGGAGGUGAUAGACCUGAGCAGGAACCAGUUUCAAGGUCACAUUUCUCAGGUACAAUUCAAUUCUAGCUACAAUUGGUCUCAUUUGAUUUACUUGGACUUGUCUGAGAAUCAACUUAGUGGAGAUAUUUUUCCCCAUAUAAAUCAAGCCCAGAAUCUCAAAUACCUUAAUCUUGCAUUCAAUAGAUUUGCUAGGCAGGAAUUCCCACGAAUUUUUAUGCUUCAGGAUUUAGAAUUUCUCAAUUUGUCUAAAGCUAGUCUUGCUGGUCAUGUUCCUAGUGAAAUUGCAGAAUUGAGUAAUCUGCAUACACUUGAUCUGUCUGAGAACCAUCUCAGUGGCCAAAUUCCUUUGUUACCUACAAAAAACCUCCAAGUUCUUGAUGUUUCACAUAACAAUUUGAGUGGAGAAAUCCCGUUGCCUCUCCUACAAAAACUCCAAUGGAUGGAAAGAUUCAACUUUUCUUACAACAACUUAACCCUUUGUGCUUCUGAAUUUUCCUCUGAAACCUUCCAAGCAGAAUUCUAUGGAUCAUUAAACAGCUGCCCAAUUGCAGCAAACCUAGGCCUCAUUAAAAGGAAGGCUACCAAACACAAGGGAUUAAAGCUUGCUCUUGCCUUGACCCUCUCAAUGGUCUGCUUGCUUGCUGGGCUGCUAUUUCUAGCUAUUGGUUGCAGAAGGAAAUCCAGUACAUGGACGGUAAAACAAACCUCGUACAAAGAAGAGCAAAAUAUUUCAGGUCCAUUUUCAUUCCACACUGAUUCGACCACAUGGGUUGCCGAUGUUAAGCAGGCAACGUCAGUACCUGUAGUGAUUUUUGAGAAGCCAUUGCUGAAUAUCACUUUCGCAGACCUCUUAUCUGCAACUUCAAGUUUUGAUAGAGGCACCCUUUUGGCUGAAGGGAAAUUUGGGCCAGUUUACAGGGGAUUUCUGCCUGGUGGAAUUCAUGUAGCUGUUAAAGUUUUAGUCCAUGGAUCUACAUUGACAGACCAUGAAGCUGCAAGGGAGCUCGAGUAUCUUGGUCGAAUUAAGCAUCCUAAUCUUGUUCCAUUGACUGGAUAUUGUGUAGCAGGAGAUCAAAGAAUUGCCAUCUAUGAUUACAUGGAGAAUGGGAACUUGCAGAAUUUACUCCAUGACUUGCCACUUGGGGUCCAAACAACCGAAGAUUGGAGCAUGGACACAUGGGAAGAAGAUGAUAAUAAUGGCAUUCAAAAUGUUGGCUCUGAAGGGUUAUUAACAACCUGGAGAUUUCGACACAAAAUUGCACUUGGCACUGCUCGUGCAUUGGCAUUUCUUCAUCAUGGUUGCUCACCCCCACUUAUUCACAGAGAUGUCAAAGCAAGCAGUGUUUACCUGGAUUAUAACCUCGAGCCAAGAUUAUCUGAUUUCGGACUGGCCAAGGUAUUUGGCAGUGGUUUAGACGAGGAGAUUGCUCGUGGCUCACCUGGGUAUGUUCCUCCAGAGUUUUCUGAUCCAGAUAACAACUGCCCAACAACUAAAUCCGAUGUAUAUUGCUUUGGAGUUGUCUUAUUUGAGCUAAUUACAGGGAAAAAGUCUGUAGGGGAUGAUUAUCCUGAAGACAAAGAUGCAACUUUGGUGAGUUGGGUUAGAGGAUUAGUAAGAAAGAACCAAGGUCCCAGAGCUAUUGAUUCGAAAAUUCGAGAUACAGGACCAGAACAUGAAAUGGUGGAGGCCCUCAAGAUUGCUUAUCUGUGCACAGCGGAUGUUCCAUCGAAGCGUCCAAGCAUGCAGCAGAUAGUUGGACUUCUAAAAGACAUUGAAUCAGCAGUUCAUCAAUGAUGAACAAACAAAUAUAUCUAGGAAAGCUGGUUUCUGUUUCUUUCUCUAUAUAUCUUAUGUUCUUCUUAUGUAUUGAGUUCUUUCUGUGCUGCCAUAGGGUGGGAUUGUACAGCAGUUCUUGAAAAACUGUUUUUGAUCUUUAUCUUACCUUCUUUGGUGGCACAGAAGUUUAAUUUGUAUACACACGAGUUUAAUCCUUGAAAGUUAAUAUUCUACUUCCUAAGGUUCAUAUGAUCAUAAUAGUAUCUGUUUUCA